AUGUCGAUCUGGGACUCCCUCAGCGGCCGCAAGCAAAACCAAGGGCCCGAAGCCUUCGACCCUUCAAGCGCGCAAGAUGCUACAUCCUUCCUCUCCGAGGUCGCUAUUCCCGAUCCCUCUCGCCUCCAUCCCCUGGCUGGUCUGAACCAGGAUACCCUCGACUACCUCUCUCUUGAUGACUCCGCUCUUGAUAACCUCCCCGGCUCCCGAUCAGUGCUGCCAUCUCGAGGAUGGUCAGAUGACCUUUGUUAUGGUACCGGAACUACCUACCUCGUUGCACUCGCUACUGGAGGUGCAUGGGGACUUGCAGAAGGAUUGAAAAAGACACCAGCUACGGCAGCGCCGAAAAUUCGUCUCAAUGCUGUACUCAACUCGGUUACCCGUCGCGGUCCCUUCCUCGGAAACUCGGCUGGUGUUGUGGCUAUGGUCUACAACGGAAUCAACUCCGGCCUCGGAGUCGUGCGAGGCAAGCACGAUGCAUCUAACAGCAUCGUGGCCGGCGCAUUGAGCGGCAUGGUCUUCAAGAGCACACGCGGACUCAAGCCCAUGAUGAUCUCCGGCGGCAUUGUGGCUUCCAUUGCUGGUGCCUGGGCUGUGACACGAAAGGCUUUCUUCUAG